AUGCCGGGGAAUUUAGAACCAUUAGAUCUCGGAAUCCAAAUACCGUACCAUUUCAGAUGUCCAAUCUCACUCGAACUAAUGUCCGAUCCAGUAACAAUCUCCACCGGUCAAACUUACGACAGAACCAGCAUCGAGUCAUGGAUCGCCAUGGGAAACAUAACUUGUCCGGUCACAAGACUAACUCUUUCCGACUUCACUCUCAUCCCUAACCACACUCUUCGCCGUCUAAUCCAAGAAUGGUGCGUCGCCAAUCGCUCUAAUGGCGUCGAACGGAUUCCAACACCUAAACAACCGGCAGAUCCGAUCUCGGUUCGGUCUCUUCUAAGUCAAGCCUCCGCAAUCUCCGGUAAUCACGUCUCUAUUCGCUCACGCGCCGCCGCGAUUCGUCGUUUGAGAGGUUUAGCUAGAGAUAGCGAGAAAAAUCGCGUUUUGAUCGCCGCCCAUAACGCUAGAGAGAUUUUGAUAAGGAUUUUAUUCUCCGACGUCGACGCCGGAAAAGAAUCAUCGUCACCGUCGCUGUCGUCGGAAUUAGUAUCGGAGUCGCUUGCUCUGUUGGUUUUAUUUCACAUGACGGAAACAGAGUGUGAGUCUAUAGCUUCGGAUCCGGUUCGGGUCCGGUUUAUGAUCCGGUUAUUGUUCGAUUCGGUUAUCGAAAACCGGGUUAACUCCGCCGCGUUGAUAGAGAUGGUUUUGACCGGAGUUAAAUCUCCGGAUCUGAAAUUGAUGAUCUCAGGAUCCGAUUCGGUAUUCGAAGGGGUUCUUGAUCUUCUCAAGAACCCGAUUUCGUCGUCGAGACGAGCUUUAAAAAUCGGUAUAAAAUCGGUUUUCGCGCUCUGUUUAGUGAAACAGAGUCGGCAUCUAGCGGUUUCAGCCGGAGCUCCGGCGGUUUUGAUGGACCGUUUAGCGGCGGAUUUUGAUAGGUGUGAUACAGAGAGAGGUUUAGCUACGGUGGAGUUACUUUGCCGGUUACCGGAAGGUUGUGCGGCGUUCAGUGAACAUGCUUUGACGGUGGCGUUUUUGGUGAAAACGAUAUUGAGAGUGUCGGAGAGAGCGACGGAGUAUGCGGCGGGAGCUUUGUUGGCUCUUUGUACGGCGGAGGAAAGGUGUAGAGAGGAGGCGGUGACGGCGGGAUUGGUGACGCAGUUGUUGUUGUUAGUGCAGAGUGAGUGUACGGAAAGAGCUAAGAGGAAAGCUCAAAUGCUUUUGAAGCUACUUAGAGAUUCGUGGCCGGAAAAUAAUCUUGUUAAUUCCGACGAGUUUGGUCGGAGUGAAGUGGGGCCGUUUUGA